AGCAGGCGGGUAGCCCUGAGCGGCUCCAGCACAUGAUGCUCCGUGGCUCCCGCCGCCCUCUCGGGGCCCCAGGAGCGCCCGCCGCGGCCCUGGCUGCGGCGCUGCUCUCGUCGCUGGCGCGCUGCUCCUUUCUGGAGUCAGGGGAUCCCGUGGCCUCGGCGCUCAGCCCCUACUUCGGCACCAAGACCCGCUACGAGGAUGUCAACCCCGGGCUACUGCCGGACCCCGAAGCUCCGCGGCGGGACCCGGAGCUGCUGGAGGGGCCCUGCACGCCAGUGCAGCUGGUGGCCAUCAUUCGCCACGGCACCCGCUACCCCACGGCCAAGCAGAUCCGCAAGCUGCGGAAGCUCCACGGGCUGCUGCAGACCCGCGGGCCUGGGGGUGGCAAGGCCAGCGCGACUGGCGGCCGCGACACGGGCGCUGCGUUGGCCGGCCGGCCGCUGUGGUACGCGGACUGGAUGGACGGGCAGCUGGUGGAGAAGGGGCGGCAGGAUAUGCGACAGCUGGCGCUGCGCCUGGCUUCGCUCUUCCCAGCCCUCUUCCGCCGCGAGAAUUUCGGGCGCCUGCGGCUUGUCACCAGCUCCAAGCACCGCUGUGUAGACAGCGGCGCCGCCUUUCUGCAGGGACUGUGGCAGCACUACAAUCCCGGCCUGCCACCGCCAGACGUCGCAGAUAUGGAAUGUGGACCUCCAAGGAUUAAUGAUAAACUGAUGAGGUUCUUUGAUCAUUGCAAGAAGUUUUUAAUUGAAGUGGAAAGGAAUGCUACAGCUCUUUACCACGUAGAAGCCUUCAAAACGGGACCAGAAAUGCGAGACAUUUUAAAAAAAGUUGCAGCUACUUUACAAGUGCCGGUAAAUGAUUUAAAUGCAGAUUUAAUCCAGGUAGCUUUUUUCACCUGUUCAUUUGACCUGGCAAUUAAAGGCAUUCAGUCCCCUUGGUGUGAUGUUUUUGACAUAGAUGAUGCAAAGGUGCUAGAGUAUUUAAAUGAUCUGAAACAAUACUGGAAAAGAGGGUAUGGUUAUGCUAUUAAUAGCCGAUCCAGCUGUGUCCUGUUUGAGGAUAUCUUUCAGCACUUGGACAAAGCGGUUGAACAGAAACAAAGGUCUCAGCCAGUUUCUUCUCCAGUCGUCCUGCAGUUUGGUCAUGCAGAGACCCUUCUUCCGCUGCUUUCACUCAUGGGCUACUUCAAAGACAAGGAGCCCCUAACAGCUUCCAAUUACAAAGAACAAAUGCAUCGGAAGUUCCGAAGUGGUCACAUUGUACCCUAUGCCUCGAACCUGAUAUUUCUGCUUUAUCAUUGUGAAAAUGCCAAGACUCCUAAGGAAGAAUUCCAAGUGCAGAUGUUGUUGAAUGAAAAGGUGUUACCCUUUGCUCACUCACAAGAAACUGUUUCCUUGUAUGAGGAUCUGAAGAACCAUUACAAGGACAUCCUUCAGAGUUGUCAUGCCAGUGAUGAAUGUGAAUUACCAAAGGUGAACAACACAUCUGAUGAGCUAUGA